GGGGAGCUUAUGGGGACUAGGGACUAACCCCCUCGUCGCAAAUCGCCCGGAGAGCGUCAAGUGCAGCGACAUUGCGCGCGACGUGAGCAGCCGCAAGCAGGCAUACACGGUGCAGGCAUCGCGGACGCAGCGAACGGCUGAACGCUUGUGCAGCCUGCACGCCACAAGCGCCAAGCAUCACCCAUGGACCGCCAACAAAAGCGCGCGCGCCUCGACCUGGGGACGAACGUCGCUGCAACAAGCGCGGCCCACGGCCCUUUGUUAGCGCCCGGCUUCUCGGAUCUCAUCCAGCCGGGCUGCAAUCCAUUUAAUGGCAAGCCGUACAGUAGGCGCUACCACGACAUUUUGAGGGGAAGAAAAGAGUUACCCGUCUAUGGUUUCUUGGAGAGACUGCUCGACGCCGUGAAGAACAACCAGACCGUGGUGGUCGAGGGCGAGACGGGUUCUGGGAAAACAACACAAAUUCCUCAAUUUCUAGUGAAAGAUUAUGCCCGAAGAGGUUCUAAAUGUGUCGCUUGUACCCAACCGAGACGCGUGGCGGCCAUGUCCAUCGCGCAGCGCGUGGCGGACGAGAUGGACGUCCAGUUAGGGGAAGAAGUGGGCUACUCGAUCCGGUUUGAAGAUACGACGGGGCCCAACACUUUACUAAAGUUCAUGACCGACGGCAUGCUGCUGCGGGAGGCCAUGUCCGACCCGUUUUUAGAAAGGAUGUCCGUCAUUGUGUUAGAUGAGGCGCACGAGAGGACGCUGUCCACCGAUGUAUUGAUGGGCCUUCUGAAGGAACUCCUCCAACAGCGGAAAGACCUGAAGUGCGUCGUCAUGUCCGCGACGCUAGAUGCGGAGAAGUUCCAGACCUACUUCGAGGGGGCUCCAUUACUAAGGGUACCGGGCCGAACGUUCCCCGUGGAAAUCUUCUACACGCCGGAGCCCGAGCGGGACUACGUCGAAGCCGCCGUACGGACAGCCGCCCAGAUCCACGCCUGCGAAAGUGCCGGAGAUAUUUUGGUUUUCCUCACUGGCGAGAUCGAGAUCGAGGACGUCUGCCAAAGGCUAAGGAAUGAAGCGCAGAAGUGCGGGCCGGAAAGGGGCGAGCUCGUCGUCUAUCCCUUGUACUCGUCGUUGCCACCUCGCCAGCAGAAGAGGAUUUUUGAUAAGGCGCCCGGGCCUCGCGUCGCGGGCGGGAUGCCGGGCCGCAAGGUUGUCGUGUCCACGAACAUCGCCGAGACGUCGUUGACGAUCGACGGCAUCGUGUAUGUCGUGGACCCGGGCUUCUCGAAGCAAAAGGUCUACAAUCCUCGGAUCAGGGUCGAAUCGUUACUUGUCUCGCCGAUCUCGCGCGCCUCGGCGAAGCAACGGGCGGGUCGUGCUGGUAGAACGCGACCGGGGAAAUGUUUUAGACUGUACACGGAAGCUUCUUUCAAGUCGGAGUUGCAGGAGCAGACCUACCCGGAGAUUCUCCGGUCCAAGAUGAGCAACGUGGUACUCACCCUAAAAAAAUUAGGUAUUGACGACCUCGUGCACUUCGACUUCAUGGACCCGCCGGCGCCCGAGACGCUCAUGCGCGCUUUGGAGCUGUUGAACUACCUCGGCGCUUUGGAUGAUGACGGCGCGCUCACCGAUUUAGGAAGACAAAUGGCCGAACUGCCCCUAGAUCCUCAAUUGGCCAAAUUGCUAUUGGCAUCGCCGGAGUACAAGUGCUCGAACGAGGCUCUAUCAGUAGUAGCUUGUAUGAGUGUCCCGCAGAUCUUCCAGCGACCUAGGCAGAAGCAACGCGAGGCCGACGACGCGAAAAACCAGUUCGCGCAUCGCGACGGGGACCAUCCCACGUUGUUGAAUGCGUAUCAUGCGUAUAAACAUCAUCAUUCGGAUCCGGCUUGGUGUUCCGAGAACUUUCUGUCUUCGCGGUCACUGGCCUCGGCCGAUAGCGUAAGGCAGCAACUCCAACGUAUCAUGGAACGGCUGAACAUCCCGCUCGUCAGUACGCCCUUCGACGAUCCCGACUACUACGUGAAUCUGCGGAAGUGCAUACUGGCCGGCAAUUUCUUACAGGUCGCUCACCUGGAGCGGGGCGGGUCCUACCUCACGGUCAAAGACAAUCAAGUGGUUGCGUUGCAUCCUUCGACCGUGCUGGACUCGAAACCCCCUUGGGUCUGCUACGAGGAGUUCGUGCUCACGUCGCGCAAUUUCGUCCGCACGUGCACCGCGGUCGAAUGCCGGUGGCUCUGCGAGAUCGCGCCGCACUACUAUGAUUUACAAAACUUCCCGAAGGGCGAGGCGAAGGUUGCCUUAGAAAGGUGCUACCGGCAGAUCAUGGCCGAGCGGGCCAAGGAGUAAGUUUGCUCUCUACCUAGG